AUGCGAGUUGAAGACAUGAUCCCCAUCAAUGAUUCUAUGCCUGAAGAACAGCUUAUGGCAAUCAUGAUCUUGAAGGAGAGUUUUGAUGAGAAAGUCAGGCUGGAAGAAGUUAAGGCUCUGCGUGAUGAGAAUUUGCCAUGGUAUGCUGAUAUAGUGAACUUCAUGGUGUCCGGAGAAGUCCCUAGUAGUUUUGAUGCUUACAAGAGGAAGAAAUUCUUCAAGGAUGCUAGGCAUUACUAUUGGGAUGAGCCUUACUUGUACAAGAGAGGACCAGACAGCAUUUACAGGAGAUGCAUAGCUGAAGAGGAUGUACAAGGAGUUCUAGAGCAUUGCCAUGGGUCAGCUUAUGGAGGUCACUUUGCUACAUUCAAAACAGCAACUAAGACUUCAUGGGACCUUUCAAAGCCUCCUCAAACGGGCACAACUACAUUUUGGUUGCUGUGGACUAUGUGUCCAAAUGGAUUGAAGCCAUCCCUGCCCACCUGUGAUGCUAAGGUUGUUAUCAAACUGUUCAGAACCAUCAUCUUUCCAAGAUAUGGCAUCCCAAGGGUUGUUAUUUCGGAUGGAGGUUCCCAUUUCAUCAACAAGGUGUUUGAGAAGUUGAUGAAGAGUUAUGGAGUCAAGCACAAGGUCGCUACACCUUACCACCCUCAAACCAGUGGGCAAGUUGAGGUCUCCAACAGACAGAUAAAGGCCAUUAUUGGAGAAGACAAUGAGAACAAGGCAGCCCACGACAAACUGAUUCGCCUUAAAGACUUCAAGGUUGGGGACAGUGUGCUCUUGUAUAACUCCAAGCUAAGGUUGUUUCCCGGGAAGCUGAGGUCAAAGUGGGCGGGACCAUUCAAGAUCACGAAGUUCUCCCUAUGGAUCCCUCACUCUGCUCAAUCAAGAGGGGAAGGAAUUCACAGAGCAGGUUUUAGGAAGAAGAGGCUAACUCGAGGCACAACUCGAUCGAGCCAAGACAAGCUCGAUCGAGUGAGGCGAACCCAGUCGAGUGGAGUGCUCCUGAUGGCCGUCUGCCCUCUCCAGACCACGACCUUGCCUCCCAGUUCUUUGGGGGGCACUGAGGCUAAGUUUGGGGGUGCCAACUCGAGCUCGAUCGAGUUGGGUGUAAAAACCAGAAAAGUG